UUUAACAUUUGUGUUUGUUUGUUUACAUGUUUUCAUGCCUUAAUACGUAAUAUUUAAAUUUUACAUAUUAAAUUAAGCUAAAUGAAUAAAAUUAAAUUUUUAUCGUUCUUUACACGACUUGACAGCUCAUUCACAGCUACUUAUUUUAAGCCGCAAAUAGUUUUGACUGCUACUUUUGCAAGACUUGCUGAAGUUGGGAAGUUAGAAACCCCGAAGCUAGAAGGGAAAUAUGAUACUGGACAACUCUUUUUGCAUCGGGUGUUUGGAUACAGGGGAGUUACACUUUUUCCAUGGAUGGCUAGGGUAUAUGAUAGAGAUGUCCCAGAGAAAGAUUUAAAUAGGGAAAGUGAAGAGUCAAGUUCUGGAUACAAUCAUGUUGGUAAAGAAGUCAAAAGUCAUACUCAUACUUAUUACCAAGUUCUUAUCGAUUCAAGAGAUUGUCCAUACGUAAGAACACAAACUGAAGCUGUUACUUUCCUAGGAAAUCAAGACAAUAGCCGAUCACUGUAUGCGAUUCCAGGUUUAGAUUAUGUUGCUCAUGAGGACAUAAUUCCUUACACCAGUACAGAGAAACAGCCAAUAGCCCAUGAAUUAUUUGAUAAGUUCUUGAUGUAUGAUCCAGAGAAAGAUCCUCCUUUUAGUUCCAGAGAAACUUUAAGAGCUUGGCAGGAAAAGAAUCAUCCUUGGCUAGAACUUUCUGAUGUUCAUAAGGAGACAACAGAAAACAUCAGAAUUACUGUGAUACCUUUUUACAUGGGACAAAGGGUUGCUCAGAAUGCUGGUGUUUACUGGUGGCGGUACUGUAUUCGCUUGGAAAAUUUAGGUGAACUAACAGUUCAGCUUCGGGAAAGACACUGGAGAAUAUUCUCACUCUCUGGAUCAUUAGAAACUGUUCGAGGAAGAGGGGUUGUUGGGCAGGAACCAGUGUUAUCAAAAAUCCAGCCAGCUUUUCAGUACAGUAGUCAUGUGAGCUUGCAGUCACCAUGUGGUCAUAUGUGGGGAACUUUUAGAAUGGAGCGAGAAGAUGGAUUGAACUUUGAAUGUCGAAUACCUCCAUUUUCAUUGGAAAGCAAAUAAUAAAUAUGCUUUCUUGCACUUCAUCCAUGUAAUAAAUGCCGCUUUUAUUGGUCGGAGUAUAAUCGAACUACAUGGUUUAGGUGAGGGGGACCCUAAGGUUUUCCUGAAAACCAAUCUCAAUGUUCUCUGAGCUGUGGGUAGUCGGACCUAAGUUAAUGUUAACAUCUUCGCAUCGAUCGUGUCACAGGAAAAAUGGUACGGGACUAACUUUUGUUGCUUAACUAACAAAAUCUCUUGAGAAGACUAACAAAAUGAUUUGUGACGCUUACGGGGACUCUUCUCUGUCGUAUUCACAAGUUUUGAGGUGGUUAAAGACCUCUAAAGAGGGCCGGGAAGAGGUUCAAGACGAACAACGCUCUGAGCGGCCAUCAACCAGGAAAACCGACAACAGUGUGGCUCUUGUUCCUCAAUUGUUGGACUUUGACCCUUGAUUGACUAUCAAGAUGGUUGCAAAUGAACUGAACAUGUCGUCUACUGCUGUUUCGCAUUACUCAAGAUUUAGCGAUGAGAAAAGUGUGAAGCAAGUUCGUGCCAAAGCACCUUGCCAUAAUGCUCUGCGAAUCCAUGAUUUCCUGGCCAAACACCAGGUGAAAAUGCUGUCCCAGACCCUAUAGUCCUGACGUUGCCCCGACAGACUUCCAUUUGUUCCCUCGGAUUAAGACAGGCCUGAAAUGAACCCAUUUUUAAUCCCUAGAAGACAUCCAAUCAGCUGUGACGAAGACCUUAGGGGAGGUCCCCAAAAAUGCCUUUCUGGGCACUUAUCAGUCAUGGCACAGACGAUGGAAGAAAUGUGCAGAAUUCCAAGAACAUUACUUUGAAGAAUUUUAAGUGUUUUGUGCUGAUCUAUUCAAUAAAUUACUUUAAAAAAAAUAACUGCAUUACUUUUAGAAUAGACUCUAUAUAUAUACAUAGUGAAAUACAUACAGAACUGUAUUUUAGUUGAAUAUAAAUUUUUUAAAUAAAUACCCAUUUUGGGUAUUUACCCCUAAAAAUAAAUAACCGGGUAUUUUACAUCACUAUGUAUAAUGAAACCCUUAGUUGAGUAAAAUACUUUAAAUAAAAUGUAUGCAUUUACUUUUUAAACCAAAUUUUUGAGUUUAAAAUCUUAACCAUCCAUUUAUUAGAAUUAAUUUUGCUUGAAUUGUCCAUUUUAUCUGGAAUUAAAGCAUUGUAAAUGUAGAGCUUUUUUUUUUACACUUUAAAUUCCAAACAAAUUUAGUUGAAGUAUUUAAUAACAGUACGAACUCAAAGUUAUUCCCACUUAGUAAUUGCUUUAAAUUUGUUUUUUAGUACGAAGUACAUUCAUACUAAUAAAAUGCCACGUGAAAAUUAGAACUCCAGCAACAAUAUCCUACAUCAAUUGAAUAGGUCAGAAUAAUAAUGAUCUAGCUCAUUUUAAGAACUGAAAAAUUGAGCUUUAAAAAAAAUUCUGUAAAAUUUUAUUGUGAAAAAACAUGUUGAUUUAUUUUGAAUUUAUUGUGAAUAACAAACAUACAUGAUGAUCAUACAGCAAUCUGGAUUCCAUCUAAAAACCCCCUAACUAGUGAAGACUGACUUGAAUCACAUAUUGCUCUGACAUAUUUGGUUUAAAAUAAUAGAACUGUUAAUUUAAAAGUACUUCAGUUAUCAAUUAUGAAUAUAUAUACUUUUCCUGAAUAAUUUCAUAAAAUUCAAAGCACAACUUUGGAUAUUCUGUAUAUAAAAACAUUAUAUAUAUGUACAUAUAUCUAUGUUAAAGAUUAAUAUAUUUCGAACAAUUCUGUGCAUUGAGAUUGUCAAAUACUUCUCUCUUCUUCGUCUUUUUUUUUUGGAAAUUACUUAUUAGGCACACCAUGCACCAAUAGUUGAACCAAUGAUUAUUUUUUAAAAUCUUAAUCAAUUGUUUUAACACAACAUUCAAAUGCAAUUUUUUAAAUAAAAGAAAAUUUUCAAAACAUCACAGAUUUCGGUAAAGUAUGAAAAAAAAAGUAAAUAAAUAAAUUUAAAAAAAGUAAUAAAUUAUUAUUUUUGGGAAUUAUUAUAAACAAACACUUUGGGAAACUUGGCCUUUUUUUACAGACAAUACCCAAAAAAUUAAUUUUAAUGUAGUGUUUGUAGUUUACUUAAUGCACAGCUAAAAUAAAGAUGAAAGUUAUGCUUAAACAUUACAUUGCACAUUUUUAACAUUCAAACCUUAUGUGCAUAGAAAAAAACAUACCUUGAGGGUAAUUACAAAGAUUUGAAUUUAAUGUUACAACAAAAUCUUACUGACGUUUUUUUUUAUUUCACCUUAAAAAAAAUCAAUUAGUAUUACUUUGCUUCAAUUUAAUGAACGUUUGCAAAAAAUUGAGACACUACAAGGUUGUAAAAAAUCAGUUAUAAGAAAAACAAAUAUUUAUUUUUUAAAAUUAUGGCCAAGUACUGAGCAUUUACCAAGCAUUCGAUACGACACUACUGUAUGUAUUAAUGUUUUGAAAUUUCAAUAUGAAUAAUUUCAUCCUCUUGAAAACUCACAUUAACAGCAACUAUUUGAAGGAAGACUGCAGUCAAUCAGAUGGUACUUAAGUUAAAGCCCAAAUGCUCUUGUGCACUAAUAUUUGGCUUAACAGGUCAAGCAUGAAGUGAUCCUAUGGACUGCUGGGGAUUUAAUAAUAGAGAAGCAUCAAGAGGGAUUCGAACCACCAGGAAAUGAUCUAAAGAAGUACAAUACAAAUCAAUGUUUUUGCCCUUGUUGGUACUAGAACUUGGGCAGAAGGGUCAAAGCAGGAGUCUUCUACUUAACUAGUCAAUGGUAAUUUCCAAUUAAUUCAUGACAUUAACACAUUAUAAUUUAAGAUUUAUAUUGAUGAAUCUACAGUAGGAGGUAAAAAUCUAUAAUAUUCAUUUUAAGGUCACAAGUUUUGGAUGUGAUUUUCAUUUGAAUAUAAACUGCAUUAGUUUGUUUGAAGUGUCUCAAUCUUUACAACAAUUUAAAACUGCUUUCAGAAAUUAUAUAUACAGUCAAUUUGCGAUAACUCGAAGUCCGAUAGCUCGAAUAUUACUAUAACUCGAAGUUUUCAUCAAGUCCCAACCCCUUUGUCUUUAAUUCCAUGCUAAUUGUUCUCAAUAUCUUGAAGUUAACUUCCUUUAACUUGAAGUUUUUUCAAAGAUGACUCAAAGUUGAUUUCAAAAUAAGGAAAAAAAAAGAUGUGACUAUGAGAGAAAAAUUAUUUCACUUUCACUUGCAAUUCCUGCACAAUAGACUUUUAAAGCAAGAAGAGCACCUGUUGAGCCAAUGAUAAAGGAGUUACAUGUGUGGAAAUGAGUUGGCUUUUUUUCAUUUGUUGUACUGUAUUGUUUACACUUUGACAUGUUGCUGGGUUACGUAUUUUCUUUCAAGUUGUCAUGUCAACAGAUUGUACCUUUAUUCAAAGGCUGACCUAAGUUAAAAUGCGUUCCCCUUCAUUCUUUAGUUUGAUCAUUUACUGAUAAGUUCUUGAGAGACAGUGAGUUCUCUUUAUUAUUAUUAAAGAUGUCUAAGCAAGUACUCUCUCUGUCAAUGAUAUUAAAAGAAACUUCUAAAGCGGUAGAAUCCAUGAAUCCAAAUUUGAAACGAAUGAAAAUCUGCAUCUUUAUUGAAGUAGAAUCCGCUCUACUCAAGUGGUUCCAGCAGUAUUGAUAUCAAAACCAUGCUUUUGAUUUUUCUCUCUCAAUAUUUUUGAUUGAACUGUGCAUAUUGUACUUAAAAACUUUUAAGUUCUGUAAUCUUGUCUGUUAUUUGUACAUAUUAAUUAAAAUAUUCAAUGAUUUUUAAUAUUAAAAUGUUGAUAACCAAAACUAGCAGUAAGUCGAACUUCCGAUAAGUCGAAGUUUUUCGUUGGUCCUUUUAGAUUCGAGUUAUCGCGAAUUGACUCUAUAUCCUGUAGUACUAUAGUGUGACUCUGAUAAGGUUGAACUAUGACAUUCACAUUGGUUACUUCUUUGUAGGAUAAUUGGCACAGAGGUGAGUUAAGUUACUUUCGUAGCAGUUUUGAGAAAGUAUUCCUACUGAAAUCCUUCCCAAUAACCCAUACCAUUUUCAUUGAAUUCCCCAAAAAGUAAACUUUUCAAGGUUAUGGCUCAACCUAAGAGUCACACUGUAACUUGUAGAAUUAUUUUUGCCAGAGGUUUUACUUCUGGGAACAGAUACUAAGUUGGGGGGUGUCUGAAAAUGGAAGUAAUAUAUCACAGUUGCAUAAGAGGUCGAAUUUGCCAAAUAUGGAUGAAGAAACCAAAAACUUCCAUCAAAAUUUUUAAAAUGUUGAAUCGCCAUU